UCUAAAUUACAAUUCCACUAGCUAAUGAAUAAGCAGGAUAAAAUUUAUACUUUAAAAGAGAUUGAACGAACUUGUACUGCUGCUUUUCGUAAUCCAUUGCAUUUUUAACUUCUGCAAUGUUCACAACUUUUUCUUCUAAUCUUUUAAACCUCUAUGUUUGAAAGUUGCACAUGACCGUGGUUUUUUUAUAUUUUAUUGCAGGUAUUACCAGCACUGAGAGCAUUCUGUAUUUAUGCGGCAAUAGGUAAGUUAUUUUACCCAUACACAGGGAAGUGGGAAUGGAAUCGUUCAGGUAAGCAAGUCAGAUCCUACAUUAACGCCUUACAUACCUUAGAGAACAUGCACGUCUAGGUGAUUAUCACACUCUUAUUAACUUUCCAUACCUGAAAGCAGGUCAAAUGGCUACCUGGAACUAUUAACGUUUUCACCUUUCAAUUUUUAAAGAACCUUUAGCCCCUCAUAAAAAGAGCAAGGUGAGGUGAACCCUAACAUUCUAGAGAUAUUGUGCGCAAUAUAGCAUGAAAGUAUUAACCCAUAGCGUUUUAACUUUGGUUUGUAUUACAUUAGGUGUUUUGGCAGACUUCAUCCUUCAAGUUACUUUAUUCACAGCGUUAUUGGCGAUCGACGCGCGAAGGCAAAAGAAAAAAAGGGAUGGCCUUUGCUGCUGUUGCAUAACGCUACCAGCUAACUAUCGAGAGAGCUCCCUUGCAAAAAAAGACUUUCUCAAAACGAGCAUGGACAAGAUUGGAGCAGCCAUGCUGUCUCUUCCCGGGAAGGUUUUUGUCAUCGUCAUAACAGGAGCCCUGUUUGGUUUUAACCUCUAUGGAGCAAUAAUGCUAAAGCUGUCCUUCGAUCAAAACCGGUUUUUGCCUCCUGACUCGAUGUCCUACAAGUAUAAGUUUACCAACAGCAAGUAUUUUCCAGUAAACGGGGCCUCAGUGAACAUAUAUACAGGAAAGUUCGAUUACUUUAAAGAACAAGAUAAACUUCACAGGGUCUACGACAUUGCAGUCAGUGACAAAAAAUAUAUAGUUUCUAGUUCCAUAAACAGUUGGUAUGAAGACUUUGUUAGCUGGGCUAUUGACAAGAAACCAGGAAAGUGUAUCCAGAAAAGUAAGCAUAUGACAUAUUGAAAGCUAGACAAUGAUUCAAGUAAUCAGAGGACAUGAAACUUUCCAAACAAUACGCAUCA